GCCGGAAGUUCCGUUUGGCAACGAUCUCACCGGGAAAACCUCUCUUAUUUUUCACUUUAUGGCAAGAAGCACUGCUCGGUUGGGUCUUAAACUUUUAUAUUCUGGUUGUCCAAUAUAUAAAGCAUCAUCUCGACAAAUAAGAACUCUCAUAAGUACAAGUUCUAACCGAAAUUAUUUGUUAAACUUUCGCUCAAAAUAUUGUCAAUCAAUCAAUAAUAUUGGAUUUGAAAUUUCAAAGAGAAACAUGGCAACUUCAAAGGGAAAUUACAUGAAGUUCACAUUGACUGUUGAUGACAUCAAGACAAGAGCUGAUGAACUGAUUGCCAAGUCUAAGGCUGUCUAUGAUGCAGUUGGAGAACUUAAAGAAACUGAUGUCACAUACGACAAUGUUUUGAAAGCUAUAGCAGAUGAUGAAGUUGAGUCUUCAGUUGCCAGAAAUAUUUUGGAUUUCCCACAACAUGUGUCUGCUGAUAAAGAUCUCAGAGAAGCCAGCUGUGAUGCUGAUAAAAAACUCUCAGACUUUGAUGUUGAAAUGAGUAUGAGGGAAGAUGUCUUUAACAAUCUGGUUGCCCUUCAGAAGAAACUUGAAGGAAGCGGUGAUCUGAAAGCAGAGGCAAAGCGAUAUCUUGAAAAACAAAUCAAACUUGGAAAAAGGAAUGGCCUCCAUUUGUCCAAGGAGAUCCAGGGUAAGAUAAAAGACAUCAAAAAGAGGAUGAGUGAGUUGUCUAUUGACUUCAGUAAGAAUUGCAAUGAAGAGAACACAAUACUCGAGUUUGCUGAGGAAGAUCUUGCUGGUGUCUCUGAAGAUUUUAUUAAGUCUCUUGAAAAGGCAGAUUCUGGUAAGCUGAAAAUAAGCCUGAAAUAUCCACAUUACUUCCCUGUCAUGAAGAAGUGCAGAGUUCAGUCCACAAGGGCAACUUUAGAAAAGGCUUUCAAUCAGAGAUGUAUGAAAGAAAACACUCCAAUCUUAGAGGAGCUGGUGGAACUCAGGCAAAAGAAAGCAGACCUACUGGGAUACCCUACCCAUGCAGCAUUUGUGUUGGACCUGAGAAUGGCUAAGACCCCAGAAGCAGUGCAGACAUUUCUCACUGACCUUUCAAAGAAACUUCAACCACUCAAGGAAGAGGAGAUGAAAAUAUUCCUUGAGUAUAAAAAAGAAGAGUGUGAGAAGUAUGGCUAUCCAUUUGACGGCACCUUCAAGAUGUAUGACUAUAGAUAUUAUCAAACCAUGGUUGAGGAGAAAAAGUUUGCAGUUGACCAAAAUAAACUGAAGGAAUAUUUCCCAAUGGAGAAAGUUACAAUGGGGCUGCUAGAGAUUUACCAGGAGUUGCUUGGAUUGAAGUAUGAACAGAUUGAGAAUCCUGAGGUCUGGCACCCUGAUGUAACACUGUAUAAUGUGAAAGAUGCAGCUAGUGGGGAGUUACUGGGCUACUUCUAUUUAGACCUGUACCCAAGAGAUGGCAAAUAUGGUCAUGCAGCUUGCUUUGGCCUCCAGCCUGGUUGCCUGCAGAAGGAUGGGAGCAGGCAGGUCUCAGUUGCUGCUAUGGUUGCCAACUUCACCAAACCCACAGCAGACGCCCCCUCCCUCUUGCAGCAUGAUGAGGUAGAAACAUUCUUCCAUGAGUUUGGCCAUGUGAUGCACCAGAUCUGCGCCAAGGCUGACUUUGCAAUGUUCAGUGGGACAAGCGUGGAGAGAGAUUUCGUAGAGGCCCCUUCCCAGAUGUUGGAAAAUUGGUGCUGGGAGAAGGAGCCUCUUAGUAGAAUGUCUGGGCACUACAAAGAUGGUUCUGCUAUUCCCGAUGAUCUCCUUCAAGCGCUAAUUAACUCACGUAAAGCUAACGCUGGCGUCUUCAAUCUCAGGCAAAUCCUCCUUGGAACAUUUGAUCAAUUCAUUCAUACACAACCAAAAGCAGAUACAGCUAAAGAGUUCAACCGUCUUUCAGAGGAAAUCCUCGGCAUCACCCAGACCCCUGAAACUAACAUGCCAGCAUCUUUUGGGCAUUUAGCUGGUGGUUAUGAUGCCCAGUAUUAUGGCUACCUGUGGAGUGAGGUGUUCUGCAUGGACAUGUUCUACUCUCGCUUCAAGCAGGAGGGGAUUAUGAGCCCCAAGGUGGGCAUGGACUACAGGAACUUCAUACUCGGACCUGGAGGCUCUAUCGAUGCUGCUGAUAUGCUGCGUAACUUCUUAGGACGUGAUCCAAAACCAGAACCAUUCCUGAUAAGCAAGGGAUUGAAAGUAUAAAUAAAUGGGCCUAAUCAACACUCUAAGGACUAAUAAGUAUAUACUACAACAUGCUCGACAAUAUUCACUUCAAUCUCUUUAGUGACUGCACAUGGACAUUGGAUGGCACUCUCCUCUCUGAUUAAAUUGUGCUCUUUCAUUUCACUGGACAUUUCACCUGAUUUCUGUCUGUAGACCAGGAGUCUUUUACAUGCUUAUUAUUGUAAAAAAACAUAGUUUUAUAUGUUGUUCUUUUGAUUUUAGCUUUAAAAUAAUAGCCUUACUGGUAAAGUUGCAUUGAAUUGAAGGAAAGGAAACACUACAGUGGUACAAAAUGUAUCAUUAUGAAUUAUCUUCUCAGAGAAUUGCCAUUAAACAUGGAGUUGUACUAUCUGAUAAAUAAUGUGUAUCAUCAAUCUUCUGAAUGAAGAGCAUAGCAAACCACCAAACCAGACACCACCAGCUCAGGAGUACAACAUACCUGCUCUGAAUAAUUGCCAAAAAUAAUUCUUGAAACAUGUUCGUAUUUUGAACCCUUGGCCUUUAUUAUGUAAACAUUCACACCAGAUUUUAAUUGUAACAAAAAUAGGCUCUAGUUUGAUAUUUUGGUCAAAUA